AUGAUUGUCACCGUGGUUACGGCACAAGGCCAAGAAGAGGAACUGCAGGGGGCGAAUUCUCCAGGCAAGGGGAUGGAUAGCCAGCACCGGGAAGGGAUGAAUUUUGAGCCCUCGGGAGCCAAAGCCUCCUACAAAGACUCGUUCCUGGGGAACAGCCCCCCGAUUUCCAUCCCAGAAGGAGAUGAACUUAUGUCAGACGAAUCAGAAGGGGAAGAAGCGGAAGACGAUCCAGACUGCCCUACAAUAAGAAUCAAGAAAAGUACGGACGCCCGCAUCCGAAACCGAUGGAGCAGAGCAAUAACAUUUCGGGUACUGGGUAAACUUUUCCCCUUCGCCUUUAUCCACAGACGAAUCCAAAAUAUGUGGGCUAAAACAGGAGGAAUCAAGGUUGGCGACAUCGGCAAUGGCUAUUUCCAGGCUACUUUCGACUCGCAACUGGACCAUGAUCGGGCUCUUUAUGGCGGGCCAUGGACAAUCGAAGAUCACUACAUCGCUGCAGAACCUUGGAGGCUGGAUUUCGACCCCGAUUUUGACACAAUCAACCGUGCUGCUGUUUGGGUAAGGCUUCCAAGACUCCCUCUUGCCUACUUCGACGAAGAGAUUUUGUAUGACAUUGGAGAUAAAAUAGGGAGAGUUGAGAAGAUAGACUAUAACACUGCGAAUGGAUCAAGAGGAAACUAUGCACGUAUAUGCGUGGAGAUUGAUUUAAGGAAGAGGCUUGUCUCGAAGUACAGAAUCAAGAGGAGAGUUCGUAGGGUGGAAUAUGAAGGCCUACAUACUGUUUGCUUCAAGUGUGGGCGAUAUGGCCAUCUCGAAGAUGGAUGUACACAAUCUGACUCAAUGGGAUCCAACCCGGAGGAGAAAGUGCCCCUUACUACGAGUCCCCCCCAGAAGCAGGAAAUUCGCCCAGAGAUAUUGGAGGACUUUGGCCCCUGGAUGCUUGCGACUCGAACAAGAAGAAAAACUAGACAACCACUCAACCAGAGAAAAGCCAAAGACAACCUGAUUAAGGAAUCAGACCCAGACAAUGAAGGCCAUGGCUCACGGUUCAGUGUCCUGGAAAGUGAAGAGGCAGAGAAAGAAGAUGUAGAUGAAACCAAUGAGAAGGAGGUUGAUACGUGUCAGACAAGUGCCCAAGCUACAAGGAAGCAGACUGAUACUAUAAGAGAUGAUGGAAGAAAGAAAGACACCAACAAAGAAAGCAAGGUUGCUGUCAAGAAAGGGAAAGAUAAACAGCCUGAGAAGUCUAAGGGAAUAGAAGAACCCAAGAAUAUCCCACUGAAAGCUGACAAGAAAGAAGCACCCAAAGGAAAGAAACAGGAAGGUAACUCCAAUGCAACAGGAAGGAAGACUGAGACUCAUGAUGGAGCUGGAGGGACUCUGAACAGCAAAGGCCUCAACAAGGAGGAAACCAAGGCCAACCAGCAUCACAAACAGCAAAAUGUUGGGACCUCCACCCCCCAACACGCCGCCAAAAUGAGCAACGAACGUGGAAAAGCAUCAGGAGCCAGAGCUGGGCAUCAACCCAUGAUGCACCAGUCUCCGGGAAUUAAAGACAGUAAAGAAAAGGCGAAGAAGAAAUUCACCUCCCCUGAAAAUGGGACUGGUCAACCGAAAAGAAUCAACUUUGAUUUGAACUCGGGAUCUGACACCAUCAUGCCUGAAAGUGCAACCCUUCAUGUGGAUUCUGUGAUUGACAGAAACACAAUGGGGGAGGAAAUGGCCAUGGCCAUUGACAAGUGA